AUGAAAGACAACAAGCAGCGUUUGUCCGCCGAGGAGCGGCCAGAAGAGGGUCUGCUGGAGCUGCAGGCGCUCGUGAACUGCUUGCCACGGGUGCUGGGAACUGGACUCCAGCUCUCUGUAAACGCAGCAAGUUUUAUUAAUUACUUAAUCUAUUUUCUGGCUGCUGGUGCCGUUAGUCUGGGAAUUGGUUUCUUUGCUUUGGCAUCUGCUUUGUGGUUCCUGAUUUGCAAACGAAGGGAAAUAUUUCAAGGUUCCCAAGUUAAAUUAACUGAUGAAAAACUGAAGCAAAGACCAUCCAAACCGAAGAUUAAAUCUCAUUCUCAGUGUGUUUUCAUUUCCCGAAACUUUCAUGCUGGCCAACCUCAACGACAGGCGGAGAAAAGAGAAAGAGAAACAACACAAACAAAAGCAGUCAACUCUGAAGAUGAAGUCUGCCUUCCAGAACCCGUUGACCGUGAGUUGCCUGAGAUGACCUCGGGAGCAAAUGGCAGCAGUGUGACACUGAGCUUGUCAACAUCAGUCACUAGUUCUAAUAGCAGCCAAAGUGUGGAAGCAGCUGAUGACUGGUUUUUCAAUGGUUCUCUAGGAGCCAAGCAUCCCCCAGAGCCCUUACUUGAGGAACCUCUAGCAGAAAAGGUGUUGGCAUACCUGUCAACCAUUUCAUUAGAAGAAUGGCCUGGAAAUACAAUGAAUGUGACAUUUUGUAGCAACCAAAAAGAUGACAGCAUUAAGGAAAUGUUUACACAAACAAAUGCAGAGGUUGGCAUACGCAGCCUUCAGUAUGAUAUUGAAUGA